CCACCAUCAUCUCCUCCAUAGAGAAUAAGAACAAUAUGGGUUUCCUGCCUUCUCCGUUUCCAUCCCAGAAGUUAUCACACGAAGAUGAUUCUGAAUAUGGAUUCCAAUCUAAUCAUUCUAAUCCCAAACACUCAGAUUCAUCAUCAUCAUCCACAUCUUCAACUUAUAAUUCCUCUCUGCACUCUCAACCGAGCCUUCCUUCGGUUCCAUCCCUUUCCCAACCUAAUCCUCCAUCCGCCGCUGCCCACCACAGCUGCAUCGCCACCCUCAAAGGUCAUACCUCUUACAUCUUUUCUCUAACUAUAGCCGACGACAAACAUCUCUAUAGUGGCUCAUCCGAAGGAGAAAUCCGUUUAUGGUCCCGUCACAAUACCAAUGGAAUCCACGACCCGAUUCAAAACAUCGAAUCCCCCAGAAAUGGCUCCGUGAAAUCGCUGGCGGUCUCCGGAGGCAAGGUCUUCAGCGCCCACCAUGACAGCAAGAUCCGGGUUUGGAAAAUGAAAAACGAAACAGGGGUUAAUCGAAAUUUCGAAUGCGUUGCUACAUUGCCGACUUUGAGCGACCGAUUCUGCAGAAUAUUCUCAUCAAAGAAUUACGUGCAAGUCCGGCGACACCGAAAGUCGACAUGGGUCCACCACGUGGACGCCGUCUCCGCCCUUACAAUCUCACAUGAUGGCUCUCUACUUUACUCUGCCUCGUGGGACCGGACAUUCAAAGUAUGGCAGACCUCUGAUUUCAGGUGUUUGGAUUCGGUGUUGAACGCUCACGAUGAUGCAAUAAAUGCAAUUGUAGUAUCAGUUGAUGGGUUCGUAUACACUGGAUCAGCCGACAAGAAAAUCAAAGCGUGGAGAUUUAAGAAAGAACAAAGUCAGCACGAGCUCGUAGCCACACUAGAGAAACACAAAUCCGCAAUCAACGCUCUUGCUUUAAGUACGGAUGGGUCAAUCCUAUACUCCGGUGCCUGCGACCGUUCUAUCAUCGUAUGGGAAAAAGACAUGAACAAAACCGCUGAUAACCACAUGGUCGUAGCCGGGGCUUUGAGGGGACACACAAGGGCCAUACUCUGUCUGUCUACGGUGGGAUCCACCGAUUUAGUAUUUAGUGGGUCGGCUGAUAAGACUAUACGGAUAUGGAGGCGGGGUCUUUGGAGGGAUUAUUCUUGUGUGGCGGUUAUGGCCGGUCAUGGUGGUCCGGUUAAGUGUUUGGCGGCGUGCAAAGACAGCCUCCGGAGUAAUAGUACUAUUAGUGGUGGUGAUAAUUAUGUGGUGUAUAGUGGCAGCUUGGAUUGUGAUAUUCGAGAGUGGAAAAUUUGGCUACCCGUUAUUUAAUAAUAAUUAAUUGUAAUUGAUUAUUUAUCUUUUAAU